UCUCCGGGCGACUGCUCGCAACGAAAACUAAACGCCUUAUCGGUGGUGAUUCUACACAAAACAGUUAUCAAAUGGCAAUCAGUAAUCGAUCAUAAUUGACUGUAUUAGUGUGUGAUUUAUUUAGCGGUCGUUUAGUGUAUGAUGAAAAUGAUGGGAGAGAAUGACAUGGGUUAUGGGGACUAUUACAACUAUGACAACAGUUGGCCGGUGGCGCCGCCGGACUACGGCGCCGGUUUAGAUCCUAGCUGUCAGUACAGGCAGCCUGAAGAAGACUAUAGAUACGGCACUUAUGCACUCUUAGAUAGUAUGAAGAUGCCAGGCCAGCGACCGGGGUUCCAGAUCUCCGAUAUCCUGGGCCUGAACGAAGCAAAGGGGUUGGAGACUGCGCCAGCACCGACUGGGCUCGGCUGCGGGCUGGAACUCCCGCCCUACGCACCGCCCCAACAUCAUUACUCUCACGAUCUGCUCAGACAUCAUCAACCAUGGCUUUCUUUAGACCAACAUGAACCUAUCGGUGGAAUUGGUCAACAAGCGAGUCCGGACAGCACAUCGCGCGCGUCCGAGCUAUCCUAUGUGGGAGCCUCAGCCUCGUCGCCGACUAUCACCGACCCACGUCACGAUCAGGACCAGGACCAGGACCACGACGACAUUGACCACGAUGAUGAGGACCAUGACCAGCCGGCAAACACCAGCGACCCUAAUCUCGCGCACAAGAAGCGUAAGCGACGCGUACUCUUCUCCAAAGCGCAGACUUAUGAGUUAGAAAGACGGUUCCGUCAGCAAAGAUACCUCUCUGCUCCAGAGCGGGAACACUUGGCGAGUUUGAUUCGUUUAACACCGACGCAGGUAAAGAUCUGGUUCCAGAACCAUAGAUACAAGACGAAACGAGCGGUGCAGGAGAAAGGGGCUCAUGAUUUAAACGUUGGAAGUUUAAAUUCUCCUCGCCGUGUGGCGGUACCAGUUCUUGUGAAGGACGGCCGGCCUUGUAUAGGCAAGCCGGAUGGUCUUCCUCCAUUAGGUAUGUCGCUGCCUCCAUACCAGCCUAUGCAUCACCAGCCGCCCGUCGGCCACGGAUCCCAGCCAAGCGGCUGUUGGUGGUGAUUAUAAAAUCGAUCAGUGAUUUCCUAGUCGUUACGGAGUAAUAUCGCUUCGAAUUGGGGAUAGCGUUAUUACUUUUUAAGUAAUCUUUGUACCAUUUUAUUUCGGAAAAAUAGAUGAAACAUUUAGUACAAGUAAUUGUGAAUAUAAAAACUGAUUAAUUUAAUGUUAAUUUAAAACAUUAUGCCCAGUAAUAUCCAUCUCUUUAGUAACAAAGAUUUCAUGUACAUUGAUAACGAAAUGAUAAAAGCCAUUUGAUUUGACAAUUUUAUUACGCAGUUUUUUGUGAGGGACCUCGAAUAUUACGUAAACUGGAAGUAUUAGUAUUUAUUUAUUUAAUUUAAAAAGUUUUAAGGUGCAUAGAGUUCCUAUUUAAUAGUAUGUCAAUGCGUUAUUAUCCUAUAAUAUUUCAACAGCGUAAAGAUGUAGCAUGAUUAUCUUUAAUUAGCUCUUUCCUUCGAAUUUUUAGUUACCAUUAUAAUUUUAAAAUAAGGUUAUACAAAGUCGGUACUUUGAUAUGAAUUACUAUAAAUGUGAAUUUUGGUUACAAAACAACUUGUUUCGGCAGCGAAAAACUCUUAGGUACUUAUACAUUCCAUUACAUAACUAGAUUUGUAUAUUAAUGUAAAAAGCUUAUAAAAGUUAUUAGUUAAUAUUGUCUAAUAUUAUGAGAAAUUGACCAG